AUGGGCGAGGUGAAAGAGGAAGACCUGCUCGAGCAGGCUACUCAGGCGCCCAAGUUUGGCCUCAAUGCCAAGGCGCUCAUUCUGCAGCAUGCCAUGCGCCAGGAGGAGGAGGAGGAGGAGGCAGAGGCUGCCAGAGCGCAGAAGCGGCAGCGGCAAGGCGAGACCCAGCGACUUGCUUUGCCCGCCGCCAGACCGGCCAGAGCUAGCAACCUCCCCUUUGCAGGCAACCUCCAUCGCGGGCCCGAGUAUCUGGCUGCCGUGGAUGUGAAGCAGCGGCCUCUGGCGGCCUACCUUCCCCGCAGCAAGAUCCCUCGCAUCAACAGGAGGGCGGCUUUUGAGGCGUCCCAGGCUCAAGAGCUGGAGCUGUAUGGCCGCUGCGGCAGCGCGCAGGUGUACCAAAACCUGGCGGCACGCACCAGCGCCGCCCAAUGGCAGCCGGCUCAGCCGGGCAACGAACAGGGGCCGCAGCUGCCGCAGCAGCCUGCAAAGCAGGCAUCGACGCAGCAGCAGCAGCAGACGCAGCAACAGCAGCAGCAGCAGCAGCAGCAGCAGGAGCGGGACGAGCAGCAGGCGCAGCCUAGGGAGGAGCAGCAGGAACGUGAACGACUGCCAAGCACAGAGAAGCAGGGUGGCCGGCAGCGGGAACAGCGAGAACAGCAGCAGCAGGAUGCGGCCAGUGGCAGAGGGCGCCCUGCCGGCAAGGCGCCGCCUGCCCAGCUAGAGGAGGUGGAGAUAGACUGGGGAGCUGCAGCGCCGGACACUGGCGACGAGGGCACCGCAGCAGUAGCAGGCGCAGGCAUGGGCGCAGGCACAGCAGUGUGCUCCAAGUGCGUCGGCAAGGUAAUGCAGCGGCAUGCUGGCGCCACCUCAGCUGAUUUCCUGGUGGCUGAGGGCAGCAGCGUCCGAGGACUGGUUCGGGAGUACGUCAAGCAUGCGCAGCAGGGGGGCACGAAAGGGAAGUCGAGUGAGGGCCAGUAA